AUGACCGCUAACAAACACGUGGCCUCUGGCGGGCGGCGUGCUGCCGGCGUGACAGUUCUGCAUGAAGACGUCCAGAACCGCGUCAAUUUUAUCGGCUUUCUGAUCCUCGCUUUCUAUCUCUGGGGAGAUCCUUACAAGAGGGGGUUCUUCUGCGACGAUGAAUCCCUCAAGCACCCCUACAAAGACUCGACUGUCACCAAUGUCAUGCUGUACAUCGUUGGACUUGGCGUUCCUGUUUUCACGAUGGUGCUCACGGAAUGGAUCCGGCUGCGCGACUAUAAAGGCGGCCGGUCGCGCAACAUCCUAGGCAAGGAGUGCCCCGCCUGGCUCUGGGAGGUCUACAAGGUGGUCGGGGUGUUCCUCUUCGGCUGCGCCUGUCAGCAGCUGACCACAGACGUCGCCAAGUACACUAUAGGGAGGCUGAGACCGCACUUCUUUAACGUGUGCAAGCCGGACAUCGAUUGCACCCUACCGGACAACAAAUGGCGGUACAUCGAGACCUUCACGUGCCUGGAGAGGGACCCCAAACUGCUGAAGGAAAUGCGCCUCUCUUUCCCAAGCGGCCACUCUUCGUUCUCCGCUUACACCAUGGUCUAUUUCGCGCUGUACCUGCAAAAGCGCUUCACCUGGCGCGGCUCAAAGCUGCUGCGCCACGGGAUCCAGUUCCUGCUGCUCAUGAUGGCUGGUACACCCAUCGGCCUGAUCUUCGCCAUCAUAGUGUACGUGUUCGUGUCCGACCUGCGCAAGACGCCGCGCCGCCAGCUCACCGUGCACAACAACGAGCUGCACGCCACCAACGGGGGGGCCCGCUCGCCGGGCGGCUGGCAGGUG